AUGCAUUGCAGUACCGUGUACCGCCAGUACCAGACGGCCUGUUCAUGGAUGUUGACAACAGAGACCCCAACAGUCAGUUUGAAGUUGAGGCAUGGCACAGGUUCAAGUACAGCAACAUCUGAUUCUGAUCAAACAAAUAGCAAGAUUUCAUUUUAUUUGAUGCAUGGUACCCAUCUUAUUGGUUACCUGAAUUUCAGGUUAUUCACAGAAAACACUGGAGGCAAUGCUAUGUCUAGUACAGCACAAGCCUCAGUCACACAUGCACUUGUUUGCAAUGGCUCAGCUAGAUGUCCAUAG